CAGACGUCAAAAAUUUUGACAUCGCAUCACAUUCGCAAGGCAGGAGAAAAUUAAUUUUACGGCAAAUAAAUCGGAUUCUUUCCGAUAGACCGUAAUCAUGGCCAUCGGUGAUUAUCCAAAAGAGUAUAAUCCAGCGGUUCAUGGGCCCUACGACCCCGCUCGUUACUAUGGAAAACCUGAUACUCCUUUCGGACAAGUGAAAAUCUCUGAACUCGGGGCGUGGCUCGGACGCAGGAACAAGACUCCGUCCGCGUUCGCCGGAGCUUGCAGCCGAGCCUGGUGGAGGUGGCAACACAAGUACAUGCAGCCUAAGAGAAUGGGUAUUGCCCCACUCUUCCAACUUGUGGUUGGAUCAAUGGCUUUCUUCUAUGUUAUCAACUACGGCAAAAUCAAGCACCACAGGAACUACAAGUACCACUAAAGGGCUGUUGAUGCUGGUAUUGCAUUCAAGAAAUCAGUGUAAAUUAUUUCUUUGGAUGGAUAAUUCCUUGCAUGCUUAUUUCAUUAGAUGUGGGUUAAACAAACAAUAAAAUAGUAAAAAUC